GAGAUUUUCUUUUUCAAUCGUUCGUCUAGGUACUAGCUCAAGUUUAUUUCAACAUGUCGAUGCAAAAGCACAACUUGAAAUCAGUAUUUAUAUUUCACAUCAUAAUUUCCCUGUUUCGCAACACAGAUGAGACAAUAUUCAAAAAAGAAAUCUUCGCAGAGCAAUCGUCAAGGGAUAAUGCAAAUACUACCACAAAUCAACACAAGAUUCCCAAAACACCGAGUAAUCAAUUAACGCGAGACGAUGUUCGAUUUACAGAAUUAUCACAAACGAAUAACAACAAUACCAGCAGUAACAGUUCCUCCAAAUCUACAGACGACCUGAACGAAUUAAAAUCAGAAUUGAAUACGUUAAUUUACGUCAGAUGGUUGGUCAUCGUCAAAGAUCAAAUAGACAACUACGAAGAAUGCUGCGUCGACACUUUUAUACCGAAUUUGCAGACGAUACGAAAUUCAAAAUUAGACCCAGUUGAAGAAAUCCGUCGACAACGCUGGAACCAUAUUUUGCACAGCUGCACUCACGACUUGUACGUUUCCAAGUACCUGAUACCCGAGAUUACCAAAGCAGGCAUUUUGUUCGCUGAUUUCGCCGUUCAAAUAGCCAAAGGACAUACCCUACUAGCCAAGAAAUUACGAACUCAACUUUUAAGAUGUCAACAUACCGAAAUACCUGCGACGAAUUUAAAAAACUAUACCCAUUACACCGGAUACGAGCAAGUUGAUCGAUGUUUGAACAUCGUAAUGAUGCAUUACGACGAUCGAACUUUCACCAUAGAAUCCAAUCAAACAUUUCCAUUCACGCGAGAACCAGUUUCAUACUCUUUGACAGAAUUUAGAAAUUAAAAAUUGCAACUGAU